AUGGACAACAUCAGCGCUUUCGAGGUACUGGAUGCAGACCAACGACCGACAUGUGUCGUGGACUUGCAGCAGUUUGAAGGGUAUCCCGUUGAACAAUGGGACACAGGUAAUGUUUAUUGGCGCAAUAAAGCGUUCUCCGACCAACCAGAACUGCUCCGCGCCGCGUUGCGUGACAAGCACGAUGCCGGGCAGCUCGACGGACGGGCAAGACUGCGAGCAUGGAUUGCGGACACAAGUCAGGAUGGCUUGGGCAGGACCUUUUGUGAAUCCCUAGGCGACCACCAGUUGUACGGUUAUACUGUUGCGAGGAAAUGGAGGGUAGUGCAAUGGCAAUCAACCAGCUACAGUUGUGAACGUUGCUCCGGCUGGCUCCCGAGCGAUGUAAAAGACGCAUCGCUUGCAUCUGCAUCGGCGGAUGAUGCGCCAAACGACCACUGUGCCGACCGGACGGAUGCCGCUGAACAGCUAGCCUCUAUGGCGGCCACGAUAGAAAUGAUCGACGUUGGCUUCUGCGAGUUCGACAUGCAAGGCAGGAUGAUACAAGGCAACGAUGCCUACUACAAACUCACCGGUCACCCAAGGGUUGCGUCGCGGACAGAGUUGCCGGAAUUUUCGUUCGUUGAUCGUCUUUUUGACGAGGACAAAGCCUUCGUCCUUUCGCGCUGGGACAUGCUGACUCGGGGAGAGUCGACGACUUUCGAAAUGAGAUGGAAGCCACAAGCCGCCUCCACUCUUAGUGCGGAAACAGACCUCGAAGGGCAAUGGGUAUUAGCUGCUUGCAAGCCGACCCGCGAUAAGAAUGGUGUCAUCGCCUCUAUCACUGGCUGCAUCACCGACAUCAAUGCUCAGAAGCGCAUGCAAAGAGACGCUGUACAGAGGGCCGAAGCAUUGGAGCGGGCUUAUGCGAGCGAAAUGAGGUUCAGUCGCUUCUGCGAAUACGCGAACGUUCCCAUUGUCAUUCUCGACACGAAUCUCCAGGUAGGGUUCAGCUUCUCGGAUGUGUCGUUCUGUAACCGCGAAUGGUUCAACAUCGUUGGUCAUCCUGUCGUCGAUUUCAAGGACAUCGAUUGGACUCCAUAUAUCGCCGCAGAAGACAUGAACACCGUCAAGGAGUCUUGCGAGAGGGUGUUGCACACGAAGCAGCCCGCGAAGUUCCAAUUCCGAUUGCGACGAACGUGGACUAACGGGCAAGGUGACAAUACUAAUGUUCCACCUACGCUCUUCAGCGUUUAUCCCGAGCUCAACGAGGAUGGCUCAGUCAGAGCUGUUGCGGCCACGCAAAUCGAUAUUUCCCAUCUUAAGUGGGCUGAGGGCAUGCAGCAGCAGAGAAUCGAUGAGGCCCUCGAGGCCAAGCGUCAGCAAGAGUACUUCAUCGACUUCACAUGCCAUGAGGUCCGCAACCCGCUCAGCGCUGUAGUUCAUUGCGCUGAUUUGAUCGCCACCGCUUUGAAAGAGAUGUCGGAGACGCUUGUGGUGGGUAUGUCACAUAUGACUGCCAAUCAGCUUACACAUCUCCAUGAGUUCCAGAAUGACAUAGCGGAGGCCGUCACCACGAUCAUAUCGUGCUCUACUCAUCAGAAACGCAUCAUGGACGACAUCCUGACCCUUUCCAAGCUUGAUUCGAAGCUGCUCGCGAUUUCUCCAUCGCCAGUGAAGCUCAGGUCAAUCUUAAAGGAUGCCGAGAAGAUGUUCGAGGUUGAUGCCAAGAAGGCCGCUGUGACUUGGCGUGUGCGCGACGACUCUGAUCCAAUGCUGGGUAUCGAAUGGGUUAUGCUGGACGCUGGGCGUCUCCUGCAGGUCCUCAUAAACCUCGUCACUAAUGCCUUGAAGUUUACCCAGACCGAGGCGGUACGUAACGUCACCCUCAUUAUGCGCGCGUCUCGACGCCGCCUGUCGGCGAAGGAGCUUGCCGUUGAGUUCGUACCGGCCAGUACAAAACAGCGGGAGAAUGGGCUAUUACCCUCGGUCUCAACGUUGCCAAACUCUGGCGACAUCCACCAGAACGGAAGUACCGACCGAGAGAUCUACGUUUACUUUGUCGUCAGUGACACUGGAUGUGGCAUCAGCGAUGAACAAAAAGCCGUUGUGUUCGAGAGGUUCGCUCAGGCUUCGCCGCGAACUCACUCAAAGUACGGUGGAUCUGGAUUAGGUCUCUUCAUCACCCGAGAGUUGGUCGAACUGCAAGGAGGCGAGGUCGGUGUCUCCUCGAGUCUUGGCGAGGGUGCCACUUUCGUAUUUUAUAUCACGGCCAGAGAUAUUGAGGCCAAGAAGUCAGACGUUCCAGGCGCCCUUGUCGCAGAGCCGAAACAGCGUGGCGCAGAAAUGGAUCAAGCAACUUACAAUAUCCUUGUGGUCGAGGACAAUCUUGUAAAUCAAAAGGUUCUACGCAAACAGCUGGAGAAGCUCGGACACCAUGUCGAAGUCGCCUCUCACGGUGGUGAAGCCCUCUCGUACCUAAAAACAACGUCGCGCUGGUCAGGCAACACGUCGAGCGGCAUGCACGUUUCUGUCGUUCUUAUGGACAUCGAGAUGCCAGUCAUGGACGGCAUUACCUGCGCACGCAGAAUCCGCGAAGCGCAGAGUCGUGGUGAGAUCAAGGGACAUCUACCGAUCAUCGCCGUGUCGGCGAAUGCAAGAUAUGAGCAAAUGGAUCAGGCGAUUGCGUCUGGAAUGGAUGACGCGAUCAGUAAGCCGUUUCGCAUCACCGAGCUCAUACCCAAGAUUGAGCGGCUGGUCACGGAUGCCCAGGCCACGAAACCGGGAUGA